AUGCCGGGUCUGCAUCCGGGUCCUCCGAAGACCGCGAAUAUCAAACGACCGGAAGAGAGGAGCUGUGAACGCUGUCUUCGAAGGUAUUCCUUCCACUCCCUGAAGGACAUUCCCGAUCUGAUGAAUGACCUGGCCUUCCUCAUCCACAUGCUGGAGCAGAACGACCCGCUGCUGGUGCAGCGCCUCUCCAUGUUCCUGUCGCCGGUCAGCGAGAGCAGACUGCUGGAGCAGAGCCUGGAAAGGCACUGGGGAGAAGAGAAGCUCCAGGCUCUGAGCAGCGUGGACGCGGAGGGCUGCAGCACCCUGCAGCUCGUCGCCCUGCCUCGCCUCCCUCCGGCUCUGUUCACCCUCAGCCAGCUGCACGCCCUCAAACUGGAGCUCAUCGCUGACGCUAAGUUCACUUUGCAGGUGGCAAACAUGACUUCACUCAGGGAGCUCCACUGCCCGGCGGCUGUGGAUCCCGGUGCGCUCGCAGUCCUCCAGGAACGCCUCGAGGUUCUCCACAUCACCUUCUCUCAGGCGUCACAGAUCCCCAGUUGGGUCCUCUCCCUCCGCAACCUGCAUGAGCUCCACCUUUCGGGUCGCUUGGGCAGCGAGGGCGGCGUGGGUCACGGCUGGGCCGUGGGGAGCCUGCGGCAGCUCUGCCACCUCCGCGUUCUGGUGAUCCAUGGGAUGCUGGACAGGGUUCCGUCAGAGCUGUGCGAGGUGGCAGGAAGCUUGGUGAAGCUGGAGAUACACAACGAAGGCGCAAGGCUGCUUGUGCUGACGGAACUCAAGCGAAUGGCGGACCUGACAGAACUCCGGCUGCUGGUAGAGAGGUGGCUCUUCCUCUCCUUGCCUCCACACAUCAGGGACUUCCUGAGCCGUCCUUACGCCACCAACGAGGGACACCUUGAGGAUCAGUCCAGGCCAGAGUCGGACACUUUCCCGUACUCUCCCACUCAGUGGAGACUCCACACCUCUCAGUCGGGCAGCUUGGAAUGUCUGGUCCUGCACCGGUUCUCCACCCACCCAGACCCACUCGUCACCAAGCUAGCUGGUCUCGGCAGCCUCCCGUCACUCCCUGGUCCGCAGGAGGAUCACCGAUCGUCCUUUCCUUCUUUUACCGCCCAGGUCCAAGGAUUAUACCUCGGCCGCCGGCUGCACUUCUGUUGUCUCCCAGCGGCUUCCCUCCGAUCCAUCUGCGAACCUCGCCCUCCUUUAGCCUCCAACGGCGGCGGCGAAGCAGAAAUUCACCUCUACAUGUCGUGGACAACGCUGCCUCCGACCACUGCGCUCACUUCCGCAUGUCUCGGCUCCCAGCCGGCUCUUCAGCCUCAUACUGUAACCUCUCCCGCCCAUCGAGGGCGUUUGCCAGCAGCUGUAGUUGGUCGAUCUCCGGUGCGGCUCACGUUGGCCGCCGAGAGUGGCGCUCAAGCGUGCUCCGAUCACCUCAAUCAGCUUCGCCUCGACGCGAUUCAGCCUCAUGAGCAUCCUCGUCUGUCAGUUCCGUCUCGUUUCAAGGAGUCGCAUGCACUGCCAUGCAUUAAGGAGUCCAUCAACUGUACAUGCCGUCAGUUCGACACACGUACACAUCGACCCGGCCAAUUCUUUCCCCACGACGCAAAGGUCACUCAUGCUGUCGUGGCUUCUGCGGGCAAUCGCGGCUGGAGCUCGCGGCAGUCCUCCCCACUUCAGUCUCAGUUGCACCCUUCAGCCGAUCAAGUGACUAUCUUUCUCUGGCGUUCCAGCGAUCGCCAGCCCAAUGUCGACUCAUGCUCGUAUUGCACCAAAUCGGGCUUCGCCCUAUUUACUCCUUCCUCGUUAAUGUUCACCCGGCAACCCGGCACCAAGUUCUGCCCGCUACAAACUCUUCCUCCUUAUUCCUUCAGAAUAGCCACCAUUCACACUUUCAUCGCUCGCCGUCUUGAUGAUCGUCGAGCCAAACUUCCGUUCGCAAUCUUCCCUGGCGGUUCGGCAUCACCGCUGUCCGAAGUGUUCCUACAGCUUCUCUCUGCUGCUCGGCCGCUGGCCGACCUCAGCCUUCCGUUCUGCCAGACCAGAACUUUCAGCGUGCUCGAAGCUCGACGACUAUGUCAGCAAAGGUCCGCCGGCCCGUCGGCCGGGUCAAUCUGGGCUGCCCGGCGUGCUGACUCAUCCACCAACACCUAUCAGCCCUGUCAGGCUGCAGGCCCACCAGCGCCUAUCAGCCUAGUCAGGCUACGUGCCUAUCAGUCUUGUCAGAUUGCAGGCCCUCCAGCGCCUAUCAGCCUCGUCAGGCUGCAGGCAUCAGCGCCUAUCAGUCUUGCAGACUGCAGGCUAACAGUGCCUAUCAGUUUGCAGGCUGCAGGCUUACCGCGCCUACCAGUCUCGCCAGACUGCAGGCUAACAGUGCCUAUCAGUCUCGCCAGGCUGCAGGCCCACCGGCGCCUAUCAGCCUGCCAGGCUGCAGGCCCGCCAGCGCCUAUCAGUCUCGCCAGUCUGCAGGCUAUCGUGCCUACCAGUCUUGCCCGGCUGCAGGCCCCCAGCGCCUACCAGUCUUGCCGACUGCAGGCAACAGCGCCUAUCAGUCUUGGCAGUCUGCAGGCCAUCAGUGCCUAUCAGUCUCGCCAAGCUGCAGGCUCAUCAUCGCCUAUCAGUCUCGCCAGUCUGCAGGCUACCAGUGCCUAUCAGUCUCGCCAGUCUGCGGGCCCUUCAACGCCCAUCAGCCUAGUCAGGCUGCAGGCCCACCAGAACCUCAGUCUCGCGACUGCAGGCCUAGCAACGGCAGCCUCGCCCGCGUCGGCUGACCAGGCUCCAGCGACGCGGUCGCUCCUAGUCCCCGACUGCAGCACCUUCCGCUGUCGAGCCGACGUCGCCAGACUGCAGGGUCUCAUGCGCUGUCUGCCUGUCAGCCUAGUCAGGCUGCAGGCCCACCAGAACCUCAGUCUCGCGACUGCAGGCCUAGCAACGGCAGCCUCGCCCGUGUCGGCUGACCAGGCUCCAGCGACGCGGUCGCUCCUAGUCCCCGACUGCAGCACCUUCCGCUGUCGAGCCGACGUCGCCAGACUGCAGGGUCUCAUGCGCUGUCUGCCUGUCAGUCUCGUCAGACUGCAGGCCAACGGGCCUCGGCCCGGCACCCUCUCUUUGGGGGGAAGACUGUCCGAGCUCGGCCGCGACUCACAGUCUUCAGCCGGGGCCGAGCGCCAAAGAUUCUGUAUCAUUAAAUCUCUAACUGCUAUUCUCUUCUCUGUGUGA